GCUAGUUCGAUCGGUAGCGGGAGCGGAGAGCGGACCCCAGAGAGCCCUGAGAGCAGCCCCACCGCCGCCGCCGGCCUAGUCACCAUCACACCCCGGGAGGAGCCGCCGCUGCCGCAGCAGGCCCUAGUCACCAUCACCGCAACAAUGAGCAGCGAGGCCGAGACCCAGCAGCCGCCCGCCGCCCCCCCCGCCGCCCCCGCCCUCAGCACCGCCGACACCAAGCCCGGCAUCACCGGCAGCGGCGGAGGGAGCGGCGGUCCUGGCGGCCUCACAUCGGCGGCGCCCGGUCCGGGGGAAGGCGGGGGGACCGUUAGCCGAGGGGGGUGCGGCGCGCGGCAUGGAUUCCGCGCGCUGCCGCCGCCCUCUCCUCCCCUUACCCUCCCUCCCCCCUGCGCGCGCCGGCCGAGUGUCCUCGUGCCCAGGGCGGCGGGCCCGCGCGCCGUCUCCCGCGCCCCCUAUGGACCCCCGCGCGCCGCCGCUGCCGCGCGCCCACCCGCCGCCCCCCGGGGAUCUCUCUCCUCGCGCGGUGCUAGUCGCAUGUGCCGGGCGGGGGCCGCAGCCGCGCGCUUUCCCCUCACGUGCUCCAAAUCCUGCGGCCUUCCCGACGGCCGCCCGGGCGCCUCCCUCUUCUCUCCCACACCGCGGCCGCCGCCUUGCCCCCGGGCCCCGGCGGGCGGUGUUCUCCUCCCGGGCACUCCGAAGCUGGAGGAAGGGAGGGUGGGCGAAGGGAGAGGGGGGCGCGAAGCUUCGGCCGGGUUUAGGAAAUAUAUUUUUGUAAUCUCGGAUUCCUUUUUUUUUUUUUUUCUCCUCCCAGCAACGAAGGUUUUGGGAACAGUAAAAUGGUUCAAUGUAAGAAACGGCUAUGGUUUCAUCAACAGGAAUGACACCAAGGAAGAUGUAUUUGUACACCAGACUGCCAUAAAGAAGAAUAACCCCAGGAAGUACCUUCGCAGUGUAGGAGAUGGAGAGACUGUGGAGUUUGAUGUUGUUGAAGGAGAAAAGGGUGCGGAGGCAGCUAAUGUUACAGGCCCUGGUGGCGUUCCAGUGCAAGGCAGUAAAUAUGCAGCCGACCGUAACCAUUACAGACGUUAUCCACGUCGCAGGGGUCCUCCACGGAACUACCAGCAGAAUUACCAGAAUAGUGAGAGUGGGGAAAAGAACGAGGGAUCGGAGAGUGCUCCAGAAGGCCAGCCUCAACAACGCCGUCCCUACCGCAGGCGGCGGUUCCCACCUUACUACAUGCGGAGACCCUAUGGGCGUCGACCACAGUAUUCCAACCCUCCUGUGCAGGGAGAAGUGAUGGAGGGUGCUGACAACCAGGGUGCAGGAGAACAAGGUAGACCAGUGAGACAGAAUAUGUAUCGGGGUUAUAGACCACGAUUCCGCAGGGGCCCUCCUCGUCAAAGACAGCCUAGAGAGGAAGGUAAUGAAGAAGACAAAGAGAACCAAGGAGAUGAGACCCAGGGUCAGCAGCCACCUCAACGUCGGUACCGCCGUAACUUCAAUUACCGACGCAGACGCCCAGAGAACCCUAAACCACAAGAUGGCAAAGAGACAAAAGCAGCCGAACCACCAGCUGAGAAUACGUCCGCUCCCGAGGCUGAGCAGGGCGGGGCUGAGUAAAUGCCGGCUUACCAUCUCUACCAUCAUCCGGUUUAGUCAUCAUACAAGAAGAAAGAAUAUGAAAUUCCAGCAAUAAUAAGAAAUGAACAAAAGAUUUGGAACGGAAGACCUAAGUGCUUGCUUUUUGCUGUUGACCAGAUAACUAGAACUCUCUGCAUUAUCUAUGCAGCGUGGGUUUUUUAUUAUUUUUACCUAAAGAUGUCUCUUUUUGGGAAUGACAAACAUGUUUUUUAAAAAGCCUGGUUUUCUCAAUACACCUUUAAAGGUUUUUAAAUUGUUUCAUAUCUGGUCAAGUUGAGAUUUUUAAGAACCUCAUUUUUAAUUUGUAUAAAAGUACACCUGAUUUUUUCAAAAAUCUACAAAUUGCAAGCACCUGUUAAUAAAGGUCUUUAAAUAAUUA